CUUUUCCUUGCACUUACCUGACAUACUCACCACUACGGGAUUUCAAUCAUGCCAGAAAACACCAUCAGUCCUCUCGCUCUACUGGCUGGUGCUUUUUUGAUAUCUGCAGCCAGUUUUCCUGUCCAAGACCCGGAUGACGAUGGUGUAGAAUGGCUCUCCUUCUCCUAUUCCUCUUCUUCCUCUUCUUCUUCUUCUUCUUCUUCUUCUGCUUCUUCAGCAUCCUCGUUUUCCUCCUCUGCAUCUUCCAUCACAUCCGACCCAAAGAAGUCUUCAAACGUCAAAGUCACGAGGAUAUCCAAGUUCACUACCAAGAUUGCUGGCUGGUUCAGGAGAAUUUAAGCUACUCUGCUUGCUUUCAGAGAUAUGAGGGACAUCUGUCA